AUGGUCCAGAUCUCGAAAUUGCUCGCCGUUGCUGUGACCCUGUUGGCUGCUCCAGCUGUCGCCCACCCGGGCGAGAAGCACGAUCCGCAUGUGGUUAAGCGAGAAAUCCAUGCCCGGGAAGCUCUAGCUGCUGCGGCCAAGCGAUCUCUCGGCGGCUGCGAAAAUAGUUUGCAUGCACGGCAGUUGGCAAAACGCAACAUCGCCCGUCGCUCUCGAGCUGUCCAGAAACUUCGCCAGAAACGAGGCGUUACUGCCAAUCCUCAAAAGUGGCGCCGUGAUCAGGCCGCUCUGGAGAAAUGGGAAGCCGCGAACCACAACCGGACGGCAAUCCUCGAUUAUAGUCCUGCUACUCCCGAGUCCAUCAUCUUUGGAGCGAACACUAGUUGCAUCUUGACGCCAACAAUCACCAACGGUCCGUACUAUGUUUGGGGCGAGAUCAUGCGAGAGAAUGUCAAGGAGGCACAGUACUCUGAUGGCGUUGAUGUGAGCCUGGAGGUGCAAUAUAUUGAUAUCAACACCUGCCUUCCCGUCCGAGGCGCCUUGGUGGAUAUCUGGCAGGCCAAUGCCACGGGUGUUUACAGUGGCAUCUCGGAGUCAGGAAACUAUGCUGCUGGGGGAUGGGAUUCGACCUAUCUGCGCGGUAUCCAGCAAACCGAUCGUGACGGUGUGGUCAACUUCGAGACGAUCUUCCCCGGCCAUUACGAAGGCCGAGCGACGCAUACGCAUCUUUUGACACAUUUGAAUGCCACUUUGCUCCCCAACAAGACUCUCGAAGUGGGCACAGGCAGCGUAACCCACAUUGGGCAGCUGUUUUGGAACGAAGUGCUUCGAUCCGCCGUGGAGAAAAUGUACCCGUACAACACGAACACCCAGAAUGUUACCACCAACGCGGAAGACAUGUGGAGUGUGAAGCAGGCCGACAGCGCGUAUGACCCAUUCCCCGAGUAUAUUUACCUCGGGGACGGCCUUGACGACGGGCUGUUCGCCUGGAUCCAGAUCGGAAUCAAUGCCACCGCUGACUACACUGACAACUCGUACUAUAGCAUCGCGGCUUACCACGACACCAAUGGUGGCCAUCAAAACAGUGACAGCUUUGCCAUGGGCGGUGCCCCGAGCGGUAGCAGAAGCGCGAUGCCUUCUGCUACUUCCUCGUAA